AUGGCUCUCUCAGCUAUAAUAACGUUACUACUAUUUGUCCCUUCUCUCAUCUUGGCAGCUUCGAUAGGCGGCCUGAGCAUCUCUCACCCGCUAUCCCAGCAAUUCCCACCAGUUGCCCGAGUGGAUCAACCUUUCCAAUGGACCUUCUCAGACGAUACAUUCUCACCCUCCUCUUCUCUCACAUACACUGCAUUCAACUUACCUCCAUGGUUAUCUUUCACCGGCAGUACAAGGACAUUUCAAGGUAAUCCCACUUCUGACGAUGUAGGCAAUCGCCUCGUUCAGAUAACAGCCACUACCAGAGAUGGUCAAUCUACUAUAUCGGAUCAUAUCAAUUUCAUCGUAUCUGAUCAUUCUGGUAAUUUGACUUUGGGACGUUCGAUAGAAGAUCAAUUGAAUUCACCGGAUUCAACCUCUAUCACAUCUACCUAUCCUUAUGGGCAAUCUUCAAUCUACUAUCCCGGUGUGAGAGUUCCGCCCAAUUGGUCUUUCUCACUUGGAUUCACCCCUUCGACCUUUUUAGCACCUAGCAGGGUAUAUUAUUCCGCCUCAUUGAAAGAUGGAUCACCGUUACCUACUUGGUUGAUAUUCAAUAAUCAGACUGUUACCUUUGACGGCAUCACCGUCCCAUCAGCUGAUACCAUCAGAGAGGUAUACGAAGUGAUUUUAUCCGGAUCAGACGUUUAUGGAUAUUCGGAUAUCCAACAGAGUUUCACAAUUGUCGUUUCGGCUCAUGAGCUCGUAGCGCUCGGACCAAUGGUAGUGAAUUUGACGACUGGAUACGCGAAUGAUAUUAGUUUAAAAGGACUGUUGAAAUCUGGGUUGAGUAUUGAUGGACAGGACGCAAUCAAUAUUAGUGAUCUCACAAGUGCGACUUUGGAUACUUCUUCACUUGGAUGGCCGACUUACAGCUCUGGAAAUAUGAGUAUAUCAGGUAAUCCACCGUCAGACCAGCAGAAUGUCGAAUUGCCCUUGAACGUAGUAGACAAAUAUGGUGAUACGCUCAAUACUACACUCAAAAUGGCUUUUUACCCAUCCUUAUUCGCUUCUGACAAAAUUCAACAACCCCAGAUUCUAGAGAUUGGCAAAUCCAAUGCAAUCACUUUAGCUCAAUUUCUCAAGAAUUCAACCACCUCAACGAGCAAUAUCAAUAUGACAGCUUCUUUCAAUCCUAAAGAAGCCUCUUCUUGGCUUUCACUCUCAACCGAUCAAUGGACUUUAUUAGGAAACCCAACGGAAGAUACAGAUUAUGAUUCAGUUACAGUCGCUCUUCGUGCUCAAGAUUUAAGUACCAACGCAUAUUCCAAAUCGAUCUUAACACUUUCAUUAAUGUCAGAUAACUCUACAAUCACCCAUCAACAUCCCCAUAUGCAUUCUCACGGGUUGGCAAAAGGGACGAAAGUCGCUAUUGCCAUCGUAUGUUCUCUGGUGGGUAUUUUACUCCUGCUUUUCAUGUUGGUGCAACUACGACGUAGAAGAACUUCAGCUAGGACUAGAGAGAAGGGGCUGGACCGAUAUCGUUCUCCAACGAUGGAAGAGGAGGGUAAAUGGUCUUACGAAGCUGCUGAGACACCGGCAUUGGAAUACGUAGAGAAGAUGGGUGGCGAUCCAGCGACCACACAGAUGCUAGUUUUGGGAAUAAUUGAUGGAAGCUCAUCCGAGACCGUCGUUGCCACAGGAGGAGAACAUGGUAUGGUACCUCAUUUAAGAAUGGGAAGCAAUACUUCAACAGGAAGUAAGAUCAAAAAAUUAUUUUUGACCAAUCCUUUCUCUGGCAAAUCAUCCAAAUCCAAGAUGAUACCUAAGAUAUCCAAUCCUAUCAUCAUGCCUAGUUUGAGUAACGCCGCUUUCCAAGCUCAACUUGCUGCUGCAGUAGACAAAGCCGGUAUAGUCAAUCGGAAUAGAUCUUCAACCUACUCUCACUCAGCUUCCGAAUCCGGAGGUGAAUUCGCAGCUACCCCAUCGUACAUAUCUGGAAGUCAAAUAGAUAGAUCACAAAAUAGUUCAAAGUUAUCUCAACGAUCUGAUGUAUCGUUAGAUAGAUCAACGGUAUUGACGCAAGAUUCCGAUUCGAGGUUCGGAGGACAUAGCGCCGGAAGUAGAACAGUCCAAAGUCAGACUCAGAGUUCAAGGGCUAGUUGGGAAUCUGAACCUCCCUUUGUGUGGACCACGGGUGAUACACCUGGUCCAGAUGCCGAUGGAAGUAUUAGAACUUCUUCGAAUAGGAGUUCCUCAGGUACCCAUCAUUCAACGAUGACCACUACGACUAUUGAUCCGAACGCUCCGACUCAAAGAGCAGAUUUCAAGGUGAAUAAAACGAAUAUACCUAUAUCGUCAUUUUCCAAAUCAACUUCUACUUCUUCAGGUGUAUCGUCCAUGUCUAAGAAGAUUCUCAUAAGAGAUAUGAUGGACAGGGACAGGGCAAGAGCAGGAUCGCCUAUUGGAUCAAUCAAUUCAGAAAACGAAGGAAUCAGUAUAGAUAAUAUACAUUUCCCUACUGAUUCGGAUCUCGCCCAUACGGAGACUUCUUCCCUUUCCGGAGAUUAUGAUCCGAACAACGGAGUGAUCAUCCAGACUGCCUCUAGGAUCGAUGCGAGAAGGACGUUGGAUUCACCAGCUACGGAAAGUCUGGCAAGUAGUAGAGGUAGUGGGAAUCAUACCGAACGGGGCGUCAGUCCAGUGAUGACUACUCAUUCUAGGCUGGUCAGUUUUGGGAAACAGAAGAAAGUCGAGGUGGUCUCGGAACAUGAUAAUGGUGGAAACAACAGACACAGUAUGAGCCACCAAGCUGUAAUUGAGGCUGCAAGUACCACCACCAGCAUAGGAUUGGGUAUAGGUAUGGGUAUACAAUCACAAGCUAGUCCAAUACCUCUGCCACCUACUAAAGCUAUCACUGUCACUCGGACCACUCCGACUCCACCAAGUAGUCUUCCUUCCUUACCUGCUUUACCAACUUUGCCAUCCAGUACAUCCACGGCGUCCAAGGGAUCACAAAAGAAAGCUAAAGCGCGUCCGACAAUUACUGCUUCGCCGCAAAGGAUCUUGCUGGGCGUAUCAGAACCAUUCCAUUUCUACCCUCCUCUGUCCAUCACCCCAUCCAAUUCUAACUCUUCCAACCAAAGCUCAUCUACAGCCGGUGAGGGUCAAGCGGAGUAUCUGGCCUUUGUAGAGAAACCACUACCCAGUCUCAAGAAAGGUGGUAGUAUCAUUAUCAAGUUGACGGAGCUGCCUGACUGGCUGCACUUCGAGGAUGGCGAAUUAUGGGGCGUGCCCCGCCAACAGGACAGGGGUGAGGUGCAUGUUAGGAUCGUAGAGAGGAAGGGAGGGGAUGAUAGGGUAGUAGGAAGGUUCUCUUUAGAGGUGAGUUGA